AUGCCAGUUGCGUCUCCUUCGUCAGCGGCAGACGACGCCCCGACUGCUUGCACCGACCUCCCGCCGCCCAUCGCCUCUCAGAUAGACCAGGAGGAACUGCACCAAGAUAAGGAAUCCAGACCCAGAGCGAGGGGAAGGGGGAAGGGAACCUCUGCCGUCCGGAGGCUCAACAUCCACAAGAGACAUUUGGCUGGCAACCGGGUCCUCACUGAGGACGCCGAGAGUCUGGGUUCUAACAUGCUGGGCAAGCCUGCCUAUGCCAUCGUCAUGAGAGACGGCGGCUUUUUCAAGAAGAGGAAGAAUCAGUCUGUCGAUCCCCUGUUCGAGCCCGAGUCCGAUCAAGCCCAUGCCAACCUGGCCAACAUUGAAGCCAUGCUCGACAGCCAGCGAAACCCCCCAACUGCCGCCGAGGCUCGCAGGAACAUCGACGAACUGAGGCCCAAGACAGAUACGACCCUGUCCGCGAGAGAGUUCCAGAAAGUAAAGGAAUUGCUGAUCGACGGCUUCCUGAGCUCACAACUGCAAGACUACCUCGAGCGCUGGAAAGGGGCUCAUAAACACCAUCACGACGAGCACGAGCUUCCAACAACGGCUGCGGACCACCUCGAGAGCGAUGCCAUGAACACUUCGGCUGUCGACCUACUCGAGAGCGACGACGAGGGAAAUACCACAGCCGUCGAUACCCCCGAGCACGACGACAAUAACGCCCAAGCUCACCGAUUCAGCUGGAUCAAUAACGUAACCCCCUGGGUUCCCUUGCGCAUUCAGGGGGACGCCGACCCCAGUCUGCAAGGCUACAUCACAAAUUCGGCAUCGACCAAGGAGAGGCUGGCCGUUCGUAUCAUGCGCGAGUGCUGGGGCCUUUCCAUUGCCGAGCUGAGCACCGGACUGGGCGAGACCCGCGUGAGGAUCCGCAACCGAGAGUUCAUCCUCUUGAUGCGCGGCACCCAGCGUUUCGUCAACACAGUUGGCAAGAUCCGCCUAGAUGCCGGUGAGAAGAUCGAAUCAUUCAGGAACCAGAAGACCCUCCGCUUGGUCACCACCAAGCCGAAAGCCGAGAUGUUACUACAGGACUUUGACGAGAUCCUCAACGGCGUCCACACCAGGACCUUGCCGGUGAAGUUGUUUGCCACGGAACCGCCUGACGAUGCGGUGCUGGAGGAACUCGGACGUAUUACGAAUAGCGACGUUAGAAAGAGCCACAACGGGGAGAGGCUCCACGUCACCUGGAUCGAGCUGAAGGCACGUGCAAAGCAAGGCCUUGUUGGGCUGGAGGACAUGAGGCAUAUUGUCGCCCGUCUGCUCCUCACCGCCUUUGCACCUCCACGAGCGACGUCUACGCUCUAUGCAGUCAAUGCAGGGAACGAUGGUCGACUCAUACCCCAUGUCGCAGCCAAGCACAAGUUGAACUGGCUGGACAAGAUGGCACACUGGGCUCGCUACGUGCUCCCCCUAGCACCUGAAACCGGCACGCCCACUCCAACGACUCCACCGAUGCAACUUGAACUACCAUUCGAGCCUCGGCCGGCGCUGGUGACUGACGGCAUCUGGGAGAUCAACGAGGGUGACGAGUUCUUCCCAGAGACGGCAUUCCCUGCGCACCCAGUCAGAUGGUCCGAGAACGUCCGCACCUCGACCGCGGCCCACUUCGGCCACAUACUACAUCCCCACCAACCCACUACCGCCUCAUCGCCUCGCUCCCAGACGGAUCUGCUGGUCAGCAACGACCGCCGCGUCUUCUCUCCUAUAACCCCACACCCACUUCACCUCGCCAAUUUUGGCCCCAGCCAGGACAAAACCAGGCCCCAACAGCCAGCCCAGACCAGGGGCACACUCCUGCUCCGCUUCUGGCCCUCCCCAGAGAUAAACGUUCGUCCCAAGGCACUGCCAGACACCACCGAGGAGCAGGCGCCGGGAAACAAGAACAAGAAGAAGCGGGGCAAGCGACUCACCCCUCGCGCUGGCAUGCCCCCAGCCCCGGUUCUCGAGCUCCGAAUCGCCGUCUCCGAGUACGGCGACAUCGAAGGCAUCGAGUCGCUGCAGGCGAUCCGGCACACACAUCACACCAACGUCAUGUUGCCGGCCUCGCCCGUCGACGUCCGCUUCACGCAGACGCAGUACGCUCUGCUCGAGGGCGCCGACUCGGCCACGCUCGCGGCCUGGCAGCCGCUGGCCGACUUUUUGGGAUCCGCGCGCUUCGAUCUGCAGGCCGGCAAGCUCGAGAUGCCGCCGCGGCAGGCCUUCCCCGUGCCCCGCCGGCUGUUCGCCGAUGAACCCGACCAGUCCCCAACCGCGUCCGGACAGCAGACCAAUGGUCAGGGGCAGGCCCCCGAUUCUCAUGCGCUCGUCAACGUACUGUACGAGUUCGUCGGCCUCGAGCUGCACCGCUCCGUCGCGCUGCCCCACGAGGAUGGCGGCAGCCUCCAUCGCCUCGCCUACACGUCCAUUGAGGCCGGCCAGGGCGGAGGCCGCCGUGCUGAGCUCACCCUCGAGCCCCUGGCCGCCACGCCUUCUGGUGGUGACGGCAACACGUGGCCGGCAGCAUCACCGCCGCCGGAAGGGGAAGGAGAGCGAGAGGGGGAGAGGGAGAUGAGCGACGCCACGAGUGACAAGCAGCAAGAUGACUUCUUGGCAUGUUGCUAUCGGUUGGCUACGUCGGGCUCGCUCUGGUCUGGCUCCGUUGUCCCACCGAGUCGCAAGACAUGA